AUGAACACCAAACAUUAAAAAUAAUUUAAAAAUUUAGUAGGAGACGAUAUUUACAUCAAAAAGGAUGUAUAGACAAAUAGGUAUUACUUGUAAGAAGUAUAUUUUCCUUAGGAAAGUGUAGAAAGAUUAGCAGUAAAUUGCAAAAACUGGCCUGAUGUCUCUGAUAAAGAGUUUGAGCAUAUUUGCAGUGAAUUAGAAGAAUCUUCUGCUAAAUCUAUAUAAAUUUCUAUGAGAGGACUCAAUAAAAUUAGUGAAGAAGGCUUCUAAAAUCUUUAAUAGGCUAUCAGUUUAAAUAGCCAUUGCAAAGAGUUUAUUUUGGAUUUCGAUAAAUGUGAAAAACUUAAAAACAGUAAUCUUUAGUAGAUCAGUUAAGGACUUUCAAUAAAUGAAUAGCUACAAAUAUUAUAAUUGAGCUUUAGAUACUGCAGCCUCAUAACUGAUGAAGGAGUUUAUUAUAUAAGCUAACUUUUAAAUAGAAAGAAAGAGAAGUUAAUAGAUUUGAAUUUGAAUUUUGAGUAUUCCUUUAAUCUAACUGACGAAAGUGUUAUGCAUAUUUGCGAAUCUAUUUAAGACAGUAACUCACUGCAAAGCUUUAUGCUUAACCUAAAUUCUUGCUCUGUUACAGAUGUUGGGUUAUAAACUCUUCAAAGAACAAUUAGCUCCUGCUCCAAAUUAAAAUUCUUUACUUUGAAGCUUGAGCUUUGUGAUAAAAUAUCAGAUGUAGGAUUGGCCGUCUUAUCAUAAUGUCUGAAUCAAAAUAGCUCUUUGAAAGAGUUUAAUCUAAUUCUAAACUCGAAUCAUGAAAUAACGAAUAAAGGGAUUAAGAAAGUAAUUUAAUAGCUUAGUUAAUUAGCAUGUAAUUUAUAAUUAAUUAAUUUAUCUUUGGAAAACAUUCCUUAAAUCACAGGAAAAGUGCUGAAAUACAUUAAAAAUAUUCAAAUUCCAAAUGGAAAAAAGCUCGAAAAAUUGGUUUUAACUGUCAAGCAAUGCAGUCAAUUUAAGGAGUAAGCUUUUGAAAAUCUUCAAACUCUACUUAAAGAAAAAUAAAUCUCUGUUGAAUAAAUUGUUCUCGAUUUUAAAAAUCAGAAUUUCUUUUCUUCAGAUUCUGAUAAUUUAUCAAGCUAUAGAAAAAUAAUUGAUGAAGGAAUAUCCACUCAAAAUAAAGUCCAAAUACUUUUUGGUAACUCUCAGCAAUUCAAUGCAAAUGAUACUCUCCACAUCCAAUCUGCUUUAGAAGAGCUGAAUCUGUCUAAAAAAAUAGCUUUAACUUAUUCUGAAUCUGUAAAACAACCUAUCUUAAGUGAUAGUUAUAUUUUUUUGAGCUCUACAAACUCAUUUGGACUAGAAACUACUCCUUGUAAAGAAAAUUAAUAUUAUUAUCUUCAAUUCAAUGAAGAUAAAGAGAAUAAGGAGCUAUAAGUAUCUAAAUUGAAAUCAAUAGUAAAUACUAAUCUAAACUAAAAUAUCAACAAUGUUUCUUAGGAGAUUUUCUAAACCAGAUUAAAUUUAGAAAGAUGCAAUUAGCUAAACAUCUUAAAAGAUGUUUACACUUGUGCAAGAAUUUCAUCUAAAAAUUACACCAAAUUUGAUAUAGAAAUACAUAAAAAUGAGGUUAAUGAAGAGUACUUUGAAAAUUCUAAUGAAACUGGAGAAAGUGAAAUUUCCUAAAAAUGCUCACAUGCUAAAGAUUUAUUAGAUUAAAUAAAUUUCUCCAGCUUCUUUUAUUCAAUUGUAAACUCCCUUUCAUACAAUUCUGUCAAUAUUAAUAUUUCUUAUGGACUUAUUAACGAUAAAAUAAUAUAAAGUAUGUCUAAAUCAAUUAAAUCCAAUUAAAGUGUAAAAGAUUGGUAAUUUUAUUUUGGAGAAUGCAACCAAAUUACAGAUGAGAGCUUAACAAUUUUCUUUGAAGACCUACAAGAAGCAAGCUAGAAUAUUAAUUCUUUGAUCAUUUAAUUUUUGAAUUGCACAAAUAUAUCUGAUAAAUCAUUAUAAAAAUUAAAUAAUUUCAUUGCAAAUAAUAAGAAUACUUUAAAAAUUGAGUUCAUUUUCUCUAAAUCGAACUUUAUCUCUGACAAAAGCUUAAGUUAAUUACUUGAUACAAUUUAAAAUGAUAAAGUUCAAAAAAGAACAUUUCUCAUUUCGUUCCUCUCCUGCUAAAAGCUUUCUCUUAAAUAAAUGGUAUUGCUUGACAAAGCAAUUAAAAAGAAAAAUGGAGAAAUAUGA